CCUCUUUCUCCCCUCUUUAAUGCCAUCUCCUUUCAAUUUGAAGCGCUCGAGAGGAGGAGGGAGAGCGCGAUAUGGAGAGCAGCAGAAGUAACAAGCUGAAACAGCGACUCGCUCGCAUGUUCCGGUCGCCCUCUCUCCUCCGUUCCCCUUGCAAGCCUUCCGCCUCCGCCGCGACCAACCUCAGCUCCACCGCCUCGACUCGAGCCCUCUUCGACGAUGCGGUCCAUGAGCCGGUCUUCGUGCCUCGGCGUCGAGGCGGCAGCCUCGAUGAUCACCUCGGUCGGUCGUUCUCUUCCACUGUGCCAACGGUUGCAGUAGCUCGGCGGCGGUCGGUGGACUACAGUGGCUGCCGGCCGACGUGUGCGAUCGAGUGUAGCCAGCCUGCUCCUUUGGUGGCGAAGAACGAGAAGUGGAGGGAUUUGAAGGCGAGGAAGAAGGAGAGGAGAGUGAGGGAGACGGGUGGGUACUAUGAGACCGGCGAGUGGGAGGGGAGGACGUGCCCUCCUGCAUCCCCCUCUUCCCCCUCGAAGAGUUCUUACUACUACUAUUGCUUCAAUGGAGACGUGAAAGAAGAAAAGGAGGGGAUCAAAAGGAAGAAGAAGAAGAAGAAAAAGAAGAAGAAGAAGAGGGUUCCGUCCAAUAGCUACCGAUUCAGCAGCUCUUCAUCGAUGGAAAGCGAUGUUCAGGAGGAUGGAUUCUUCAGCAGUGAAGAAAGGGAAGGAAAAGAAGAGGAGACAGAGACGUUCUUCUCAUCAAGGAGCUUCUCCUCCGAUUCCUCCGAGUUCUACCAGAGGCCCACGUCCAAGGAGAAGAACAAGAACAAGAACAAGAGAAACCCUGAGCGUCCUCAGAGAAGACGAGCGAGGAAGUACGAGGCCUGGGGAGUGUGCAAGGGGUUUCAGCCCUUAGUCUCCAUCACAAGGAGGGAGAAGAAAGGCUUCGCGGUGGUGAAGCGAUCCAGCGAUCCUUACAACGACUUCCGCAGCUCGAUGUUGGAGAUGAUCACCGAGAGGCAAAUCUUCGGCGCCGAAGAUUUGGAGUGCCUGCUGCAAUCCUAUCUGUCCUUGAACUCCCCCCACCUGCAUCCACUAAUCCUGCAGGCCUUCUCUGACAUCUGGGUAGUGCUUUUUGGCCACUAAUCAGCCAUGGCUCGAGUUCAUGAGUUAGUCUGUGUUGUAAUUUAAGCUCUACUUUUGUUUCUGCUUCAGUGUUGCAGACUUGGUAAUACUGAUCGUUUUCUUUGCUCUUCAUGUUCUUCUACCAAGCUGGUAAUGUUCAUCUUUUACCUUUCUGACA